AAACCGAAACUAGUAGAACAUCUAAUCCCAUAACCGGAUCAAAUUCUACCAGAAUCAAAAUAUUUCGGAUCUAGUCGAUUGACGGACAAAUCCGAUUGUAACUUGAAACAUGCUUAGGAUCUGCUCUUCGGAUUGUUUGAGAUUAGCCUCAUCUUCCUACGGUAGAUACAACAUUUAAUUGGUAUUUGGUGUGUUUCCAGGUAAACAAUUUGAGAAGUGUGGGAAUGAGAAUCGUAGGGCUAACGGGAGGCAUAGCGUCUGGGAAGAGUACAGUCUCCAACCUGUUUAAAGCUAGUGGCAUUCCCGUUGUUGACGCUGAUGUCAUCGCCCGAAAUGUAUUGAAGAAAGGAAGCGGUGGAUGGAAAAGAGUAGUUGCAGCUUUCGGGGAGGAGAUUCUUCUUCCUAGUCGAGAAGUUGACCGGCCAAAACUAGCUCACAUGGUCUUCUCUUCCGAUUCCAACCGCCAACUUCUUAACAAGCUGAUGGCUCCAUACAUAUCAACCGGUAUAUUUUUGGAGAUACUGAAACAAUGGGGGAAAGGAGCUAAAGUGAUCGUUGUCGACAUCCCAUUGCUGUUCGAAGCGAAGAUGGAUAAAUGGACGAAACCCAUCGUCGUUGUUUGGGUCAGUCGAGAAACUCAGCUCAAGAGAUUGAUGGAGAGAGAUGGACUGAGUCGGGAAGAUGCCGGAAGCAGAGUGAUGGCUCAGAUGUCGUUGGAUUUGAAGAGAUGCAAGGCUGAUGUCGUGAUCGAGAAUAAUGGAGAUCUCGACCACCUUGACCAACAGUUCAGUAUGGUGUUGUCUGAAAUCAGAAGACCGCUGACGUGGACUGAGUUUUGGCGUUCGAGGCAAGGAGCCUUCUCGGUUCUUGGUUUGGUCACUUCAGGACUAUUUUUUUGCAAACGGUUCAGUUAUUGACUCUUAGCAAUUGCUUUUAAUAUUUCUACUGUUUGGGGCUACACCUUACACUUGGAGUGGAAGUAGAUCUUUUUCAAAUAAACGUACGAUCCAUACUCUUAGUUUUGUGUACAUAUGUUCAUAAGUUAUGAAUCAUAACUGCGUCCAGGUUCCAGACU